CUUCUUCCAGUCACUCACGAACACGUCACAACAAGCCACAAGGAGAAAAGACGACGCGCCGUCGCCAUGUCCGGCGGAGAGAAGAGAGCGAGGGAGGAGGUGGAGGCGUUGCUGGCGCAGACGAAGCUGAAGGAUGGGGUGAAGGAAGAGAUCAGGGCCAUCGCCAACAACACGUGUGGGGACAAUGUGGGCUUGGUUGGUGCUGGCCUCGGCGACAUUGAGGCGCGUGCAGUGGCUGAGGCGCUCAAGGACAACACUUGCCUCAAAGCACUCGACCUGUGGGGCAACUCCAUCGGUCCUGAGGGCGCUGUGGCGUUGGCGGAGAUGUUGAAGCACAACACGACCCUCGAAAGACUCGACCUGUUUGGCAAUGACAUCGGCCCUGAGGGCGCCGUGGCGUUGGCGGAGAUGCUGAAGCACAACACGACCCUCGAAAGACUCGACCUGUUUGGCAAUGACAUCGGCCCUGAGGGCGCUGCAGCGUUGGCGGAGAUGCUGAAGCACAACACGGCCCUCAAACAACUCUACCUGGGAGGCAACCGCAUCGGUCCUGAGGGCGCCGUGGCGUUGGCGGAGAUGCUGAAGCACAACACGACCAUGACAUUGCUCGCCCUGUACAACAACCGCAUCGGCCCUGAGGGCGCCGUGGCGUUGGCGGAGAUGCUGAAGCACAACACGACCCUCGAAAGACUCGACCUGUUUGGCAAUGACAUCGGCCCUGAGGGCGCUGUGGCGUUGGCGGAGAUGCUGAAGCACAACACGACCAUGACAGGGCUGGGCCUGAGCAACAAUUCAAUCGGCGAUGAGGGCGCUGUGGCGUUGGCGGAGAUGCUGAAGCACAACACGGCCCUCAAAAGACUCUACCUGUACAACAACCGCAUCGGCCCUGAGGGCGCCGUGGCGUUGGCGGAGAUGCUGAAGCACAACACGACCCUCGAACGACUCGGCCUGGGGGCCAACUCCAUCGGCCCAAGGGGCGCCGCGGCGUUGGCGGAGAUGCUGAAGCACAAUACGACCAUGACAUCACUCUUCAUUUCCCACAAUGGUAUCACGGAGCGUGGCAUGGUGAACGUGCUGAAGCAGCUGCAACACAUUGACGCCAAGGCCAAGAUUCUGCUGUUUGAGGACAAGCUCAAAUCCUCCACUGCCGUUGCCCGUGCACUGGCCACGCUCCGCACCAAGCGGCCACACCUCCACGUCGUCUACAGCCUGUACGACGGAACAGAGGACGACUUCAGCCCUGCCGCCAAGGCCGCCUACCAAGACCAGCUCGAUCUUCUCAGGCUGCUAGAAACAGGCUCCGUUCCUCUGGAGACAGCAAAAGUGUUCGUGUGCGGCCAUGGUGGCAUUGGCAAGACGACCAUGAUCGAGUCGCUCCCAGGUGCUGAUGAGGCCAGCGGCUACCUUUCCCGAUUCCUGUCAUCUUGGUUCGGGCAGCCACGUCACGAUCCAGAACAGCCUGGUGCGCGCACACCCGGCAUUCGGGUCUGUGAAAUGAAGCUCAAAGACUCCAGCCGUGCCAAUGAUGAAGCCGCCUCUCUCCGCGUGUACGAUUUUGGCGGGCAGCUCGCAUAUCACGUGAUCCACACGCUGAUGAUGUCGGAUCGCUUCGCUGCGUUUGUCGUCUGCGUCGACCUGUCUGAGCCGGAAGAACAUGUGAAGGAGCGCGCCAACUACUGGCUGCAGUUCAUCUGCACACGACUGAAGCAGGGCAUGGCAGCCGCGACAGCAACGGCAGACGGGGAUGCCAUGGAAGAGAUGAGGCCGCGUGUGCUCAUUGUGGGCACCAAGAGGGAUCUUGCUCGCAAGAAGAGACUUGUGGAUGAACAUGGCCAGCCACCGUGGGGUGCAGCGAUGGUCGCACACUUGAAGACCACGUAUGGCAGCAUCGUUGACAUCCAAGACAGCCUCAUCUCCCUCAACUGUCAUCAGGGUGGUGAAGCCGGGUUUGAUGUGCUCCGGUCACGCCUUGUGCGACACUGGCGAUGGCUGAGAGGGCGUGAGCUUCUCGUCCCCAGAGUUGUGGAUCUACUUGCCACAACCCUUCGACCAGCCAGGGAGGAGAAACGAGUGUGGGCCAUCGAUGCGCUCUUUCAGUUAACCCUAUCCCGCGCACCUGGACUCGAUUUGACAUCCUUCGACAUGGCCAUGUUUUCGUCUGCCUUAAGGUACCUCCACACGCGCGGCGAUCUGCUCUGGUACUCCAACAACUCCACCUUACAGGAUUUCGUCUUUGUUGACCCGAACUGGCUGUUACAUGACGUGUUGGGGAGAGCGCUGACGCCGGAUGGCGUGCAGCAAGGCUCGAUCACAAAGAAAGGGGUCGUGACAUUCACGGACCUGGAGACCGCAUUCCGAGGCAUCGCCGACGCAGAUCUCGUCAUCAACGUGCUGCAGCACACGCUCCUCUGCUUCGAGCUGCUGCCUUCAGACGAUGGCCAACGGCGAUUCAUGCUGCCGAGCCGCGUUGAGAAGAAGGUCGAUCUCGCAACCGCCUGGCCUCAAGCUGGUUUCUGGCCUCUCUAUGCCGGACGACUGCUGGUGGUCGAGAGCAAGGCACUUGCGCUGCCACCUGGCUUCUUCCCGCACGUGCAGACGCUGUUGCACAGGUCUUUUGGCGCAACGCUGAAGGUGUGGCCAGACGCCUUUUUCUGUGAACACGAUGCUGUGCAGUGCCUUGGACUACUGCGGGGCGAUCGAGAAGUCGACGUCUGGGUGCGGGCACCUUCUGGCGCAGAGCACAAGGCCCUGCCAUUCAUGACACAGGUGCUGUCUGUGCUACAAGGGGAAGCAAGAGGGAUUGACCACGUCCACCUUGUUCUCAGCACGAAACGCCUGAAGUGCCACGAGCAGUACCCAGCCGCUCACAAGCUCGAGGAUCUGACGGACAAGGGCCCAGACGAGCUCGUCACGUCCACGCACCACAGGGAAGGCCAGACCCCAGUGUCCGACCGCGUUGGCGAUCUGUUGCUGCAGGCGCCCACGCAACCACCACCCAUCAUGCCGUCUUGGCAAUUGCGCGACCACGAAUGGCACCACCCUGCUUGGCGGCUUGAUGACACCUUUGAUGAGCAGCUCCCGUGGAGCGGACCGAGCUCGCAUGGCGUGUAUUCGGCACCCUUGCCACCAAACACCGACCUCUAUCGAUGGAUAGAGAGCCAGAUGACGCCGGGCCUCACCCUGUCGCGCGUGGAGAUGACCAAGUCCACCACGAUGCUGCGGGCGUUUCAGACGCAAGUGGAGCGGUCAGCGACGCGUCGUGGUGAUCCAGACCCUGCAAAUCCCUUCAACAAGGACUUUGGACUUGGUGAUCCAGAGAAGAAAGCCAUGCUUCAUCGGCUCAGGACGCUGUUUGCAAAAACACGCACCGGCUUGAAGCACGUCAACGUGCUCAUCGGUUUCCACGGGUGUGCAGAAGAUGUCGCUGACAGCAUCACCGCGUGUGGGGCAGCGAACUUCAGCAGCCCGGGCGACCGUGGCUUCUUCGGAUCUGGCAUCUACCUCACACCGCAGACAAGCUAUGCCGCAGGGUACUCCACGCGUGUUUUGUUGAAUGGUGAUUUGCGCUCACCAAACUCAAAUGACGAGCACGUGAUGCUCCUGUGCGCUGCCAGCGUUGGCCUGGCAUACCCGAUCACCCGGGCCGCAGAUUACCCCCAUGGCUCGAAUGAAUGCUCCUACUAUGGGAAGCCUUUUGAUGAAAGCCAAGACACCCACUAUGCGCAGGUGACACGCGCCACCAACUUACAGGCCACGCCCACACCUGGCACGUUUGCCUUUGAGGAGUACGUCGUUUCGCAAGAGGCGCAGGUCCUCCCAUUUGCCAAGGUGUUCGUGAAGGUGGACAUGGACGCCUAUUUGUCGCACUUGUCAACCCUGCCAUGAACACCAAGAGUGGAGACGAUGUCAUUCACAUGCAACCUUUGUUGUUGUUGUGUGUGUGUGUGUGCGUGCGUGCUUGUGUGUGCGUGCGCGCGUGUGCGUUUGUGCCUGUGGUGGUUGGCAGCUUCGUACUUCCGCCAAUUGUCUUGCACAUGUUUUUGCGUUUGCGUUCAUGCACAGCCUCCGUUCCCGUGUGUUUGCUGUUUCCUUUCGUUCCUACAGUGGUCAUGCUGUUCCUUCUCAUACCAGCCUGUUGCCACCGAGUUCCUUCUGCAUUUGAAUCCUGUUCAGUUACCACCACACAUGUUUCCGCGUUACCGUUGCUUUGGGCCCAAUACACGGUCCUCUGAACUUCGUGAUCGUCUCGCCCCCAUUGUAAUCUUGAUACCAAUGUACAAAUGCCCCCCCCCCUUCUCAAUCCCCCUUCCCCC